GAAUCAACGAAGGCGCAAAAGCCCUGUACAAUAAGUACAUGAAUAAUCUCCACCGGUAGUUCUAAUUCGAGAUCCUAAGCUGCACUGCCAUCCUUUGCCGGCUGCGAUAUAAUACGAGAGGCUGAACUACAUAAUACACGAAAUUUCCACAUCAAAUCGAUCAACAAAGGUUUUUCUUUAACUCUCCUACAACUACAUUUCCACAAGCCAGCAAUAUGCGCGUGUCAAGCAUUAUCACACUCUCUGCCAUCGGCACUUCCAGUGUCCUUGCCCAAAGCAACAAUGUUACAGGACAACUUGGUGAUGCUCCUGUUACCACCGGCAACCCUAUCGGGAAAGGCGCCAUCGCUACUCUGCCUGAAAAUGCAUUUUGGGAAGGAAGCCUGAACGGCAACGUGAAGGGUCAUGUUUCUGCCAAGUCUGGAGCGGGUGGUAACGGCAUCGACUACGAAGUCGCCUUCUCGAAUUUGCCUACCGAGGGCGGCCCUUUCAUAUAUCACAUCCACGUCGCCCCUGUCCCAUCCGACGGCAACUGCACCAGCACCCUCGGACAUCUUGACCAAACCAUCCGAGGCGAAGACCCCCCCUGCGACUCCUCGCGACCGGCGUCGUGCCAGCAGGGCGACCUGAGCGGAAAGUACGGGAAGAUCAACGGCUCGGCGCCGUUCACCGCCACCUUCCACGACCCGUACACUUCGCUGGUCGACGGCGACGGCGCGUACUUCGGAAACCGCAGCUUGGUGUUCCACUUCAGCAACAAGACCCGUAUCUCGUGCGCCAACUUCACCGUCGUCCAGGCCAACGGUACUUCCCCCUACCCGACCGGCACCAGCCCCGCCAAGGUCUCGCCGACGUCGACGAGCGUCCCGGUCACCGGCGCCGGAAGCGCGCUGAGCGUCGUGAAGAACCUGGCCAUCGCGCCGGUCGUCGCCGCGUUCCUCGCUCUUCUAUAAGUAAACUUUUUAAAUAGUCUCUCACUAUCAUCCCUUACUGGGACAUGUCUCUGGUCUAGGUAGCCCAAAAGUUGAAAAGUUCAUCGGCAUGAUUCGUUCUUUUGGUCG